CCCAUGUGUCGACUUCCGUGAGCUACACGGUUUUACUCAAACCGACAUCGGUGUAUGUUGAACACGGUUGACAUGUUUCGCGCCGCUCUCAGGAUUAACGUGUUUGCAGUCUUGCUUUCCAUUCUGCUUCUUAUCGGAGCUUUGUAUAUCUACUCGGGGAACCUUCACUCGUUCCGAUGGAUAAUCCAACAGGACGAUUUCCCCAAGACACAUGUAUCGACAACAAGUUGUGAAGUCCAAGAAUAUGUAAACAACUGUGGCAACUGGAGUAUUGGGGAUUUUAGAAUGAAAGUUGGAUUGAAAUAUGCACAGCCAAGCACUCAGAAAGGACGUACUGAUGUGAACUCUGUCACUAACUGGAAUGCUCCUUUGGUUUGGGAGGGAACUUUUGAUCCAGUGGUCAUAGAUGCAAUCUAUAAACCAAUGAACCCAAGAGUUGCUGUGGUGGUGUUUGCUGUUGGCAAAUAUACUCGCUUCCUGAAGGGCUUCUUGGAGUCAGCUGAAAAAUACUUUCUGGUCGAUUUCCAAGUCACGUAUUAUGUCUUCACAGACAACGAACAUGAUGUACCUAAAGUUAAACUGGGCAGCGCCCGGAACAUCUCUGUGGUCCCUGUGCCCAGCGCCCAGCACUGGCAAGAAGUGGUUCUUGGAAGGAUGGAGUGGGCGACCAAAGCCAUUGAUAAUCAGAUCCGGAGCAAGACCGACUAUCUUUUCAUGAUGGACAUCGAUAGCGUGUUCCACAACCGCUUUGGAGCCGAGUCUCUCAGUAGACUUUCUGCUGUGCUUCACCGUGGCUACUACAAGGACACCCAUCGGGACAAAUUUCCAUAUGAGCGGCGGCCCCAGUCCAAAGCCUACAUUCCUGCUGGGGAAGGAGACUAUUACUACACAGCAGCAGUCUGGGGGGGCUACCUGGAGGAUAUGUAUAAACUAGUCAAACACUGUUACAUCCAAGCCCAGGAGGACUCCAAGAUAAAAAUCCAGGCUGUGUGGCAGGAAGAGAGUCACCUCAACAAAUACCUGCUGUACAACAAGCCCGCCAAAGUGCUGUCUCCUGAAUACCUGUGGAGCGACUAUGACUCGGUCCCGGCAGACAUUAAAGUGGUUAGAGUGUCCCAGCUGGUUAAGAAUUACAAGGAAGUGCGGCCCAAUGCUGGAAACCGAUGAUAUUCUAAGCAGAAGUAUAAACAACAUGUGGCCAUUGCUGAUUAUUGCAUUUUAACACUAUUUAUUUUUAGUCCCCAUGCUGACAAGAGGCUAGCAGCUAAUAAUGUGUCUCCAUACACGAUCAUAAUCACCUCCAUUAUAGAAAAUAAACGGCAUUUGUUUGUA